AUGGAAGAUUACAAAUUUCUGUUCAAAGUCGUCCUGGUAGGCAACGCGGGUGUCGGUAAGACCUGCCUGGUGCGAAGAUUCACGCAGGGUCUCUUUCCGCCCGGCCAGGGUGCAACGAUCGGGGUGGACUUCAUGAUCAAAACGGUCGAGGUGGACAAUCAGAAGAUAAAGCUACAAAUUUGGGAUACCGCCGGCCAGGAGCGGUUUCGAUCGAUCACGCAAAGCUACUAUCGAUCCGCAUCCGCUCUCAUACUCGUGUACGACAUUAGCUGCCAGCCCACGUUCGAUUGCUUGCCGGACUGGUUGCGAGAAAUCCAGGAGCACGCAAACUCCAAAGUGCUGAAAAUUCUCGUCGGCAACAAGACGGACCGGGACGAUCGUGAAAUACCGCAGGAGGUAGGUGCUGAAUUUGCGAAACAGCACGGCAUGUACUUCCUCGAAACGUCCGCGAAACAGGCGGAUAAUGUGGAGCGACUGUUCUACGACAUUGCGGCCGUACUGAUUGAGCAAGCCCGCACGAAAGAGUUUACCUUGCGCAGUGAAACGAGCGUGUUGACGAAUCUCUCCCAAAAAACGAUCUACCAUCCGAGCUGCUGCAGCAUCGGCGAUCGGAACCAUGCCCGUAGCAGUAGCACCAGCGACGCACACUACUCGGACAGUUCCGGUCCGGCUAGCAUCAGUAGUAAUAGUGGUAAUUUUAUCACCCAACAGUAA